AGGAGCACUUAUUACCUAUCCUUGAAUUUUUGCUCAAUACCCGCCCUUUUCAAGCUGUCAGUUACUACGGCUGUGUAAACCCUUUUUCUUCCAAUAUCAACGAGUAUUCCACUGGUACCGGUAGUGCAGAGGUUAUUUGCUUUUAAUUUCCACCUCCGGUUCCCUUCACGGUUGCUACCUCCGAUCCCCCUCAAGGUUUCUCCCGACGACGUUUCUACCUUCGGCACUCAUCUCCGACGACGUUCAUCACAAUUCACAAUUUCAAUCUACCUAGCAAAUCGUUUCAAUUUACAGCAGGCUUAGAGAUUGAAUUAUAUGCUUGAAGGAUUGUGAAUAAGAUGGGUUGUUUCAGAGUCUUAAAAGGUAAAAAGAAGAAGACUAAGAAGAGUGUACAUAUUAAACGUGUACUGCCUCAAGAAAGUACUCCUAUUACCCUUCCUGAACCUCAAAUUGGCAGUCAUGCAUUGCAAUCAGCUCCUCCGAGUUUCCGCACCAGAGGACAACCUCUUCAACCCACAAAUAAGUUGACAUAUAAUGGGAUGCGUGCACAUUCUGCACCAUCUAGUCUUCACGAGCCCGACAGAGAGUCGUCAUCAAUCGAAUGUGAAGAGAGAGAGGAGUUGAAAUCCCAUGUACAAUUACCACCGCAAGAACAAAGGUCACCUAGUCCUCAGCCUCUUCCACUUCCUUCACCUCAUGGUUUGGGCUCCUUUAAAUCUACAAGCAACUUUAAAGCAGGGAGUUCCAGUGGCCCUUUAAAUGCUUCUGGUCCACUGCCACUUCCUCCAUCAGGAUCACUCUGGAACUUCUCCUACGAAGAAAUUUCAUCUGCCUGCCACAAUAUCAUCAUUGUUCUCUAAUGAACCUCUCUUGUCCUUCAAGUUGCUGAAUUUAUACAGCUUAGGUGCUUCUCCUACAUGUAGGUGUUCUUUUAUGUCCUAAUUCUGUCACAUUUUUCUCAUGAUAUCAAUAUAUAUUAUGGUGUUGUUGUUUUUUGUUU